AGGAGACUUGUUUGAAUUUUUAGGACAAAACCUUAACCUUACCUUAAAGUGAACAGAUAAAAUAACCACAUCAUUCCUUGGCGUGUUCGUAUCUUCUUCUUCUAAGUCAUUUUUUUAUUUUAGCGUCUGUGUCACUCUUUGGUCGUAGAAAAAACACGCCAUUAAAGAAGGUUAGAAAUGGCUUCAACCUUAAUCGUCUUCUGGGAUCAACCUGUACUGUUGGGAUUCCUGACGAGGGCAUCUGGUUUACUACGUCUUCUCUAUUCGCAUUCCAAGUGUUUGUCGUAAUGUCUGUGAGAAAUUCUUCAUCUUAUUACAAACUUCGAAGUUUGAUUACAUUUCUUCAUCGCUACAGAGUUUACUCUGGACAUUCAUCUCUGUCCGGACGCCAUGAUGAGGUGCUGUCAUCUAAUCUUCGGCACAGUUGGUCAAUGCAUCAAGGGCUGAGGCUAAUUAGUACCAAUAGCAGAGUAGGUGAAACGUCAAAGACUGAUAUGCUAAAGGAUGACAGGGUCAAGGUUCAAUCAGCAGCGCCAGUUCAUUCUUCGUACAACUUCCCUACAUGGGCAAAAUGGCUUUUGUUCUCUAUGUUGUCCCUACUGCUACCUUUGGGGCAUCAAAAAUGGGGAAAGUGGCUGACUUUAGAAGGGAAGGUGGAAAAUGCCAUUGAAGAGGUCGAAGUUGUGGCAGAGGUGGUAGAGAAGGUAGCGACUGUGGUGGAGAAAGUAUCAGCAGAGGUGGCGGAUGAACUUGCAGACAACAGCAAGCUCAAAGAAGCAGCUUUAAUGGUAGAACAUGGAUCUAGUGUCGCUGCUAAGGAUGCUCAAUUAACAAUAGAUUUUAUUCACAAGGCCGAAAAUUUGAAGGUAGACUUGAAAGACUUGGAGACAAUGGUUGAGCCUGUCAUUAAAAAGAUCAUAGAAGGGGAAAAUGGUGAAAAGUAGUGCAGAAACGAACUCUGCCAUGAUUGUUCACAUCACUCUAAGUCUAUGACCCUCUUCCACACAAGGAGGACAUGGAAAAGAUGAGUUUUAACUUGCUUGUCUAUGAAUAGCAGCAAAUGCAUAAACUAUUAUAAAGUGUUGUAUAUCCUAUAAGUUUGCACAUAAACAUAUUGAUUUAUUCAUUUUUAAUUUGUUAAAGCCAACCUAAUUUUAUUUCUGAAGACCUCUGAAUUA